GAAAAAGUCACAUGACCUCAGUUCGAAUCACUGCUGAUCAAUGUUCCAAGUUUCAUUCUCAUUCUUGGUGGUGAGCAGCCGAUGCAACAACAUGAAGUACAUUUGCCCACAUUGGACACGGUGGAAAGUGCCGAUCGACGAGAGAAUAGCCAGACUUUAAGUGCAUGUGGCACAGAAAAGAAAAGAAAGGAGUUAUUCAACGGGGUGACUGUGGCCGAAGAUGAAAGGAGAGAUUUAAGCUACCAUAUUUUCCAGUUGGCGAUUUUGACCGAACAAGAGAUCCGCAAGAUUCGUUCGUGUUACGAGAGUCUGGUGACGCAGCUGCGAGUCGCCAUUCUUUGCCCACAUUUGGAUGAGAGGAAAGAUACAUUAAAAGCGAAGUUGCGCACCUACUGUGAAGAGUUUAUCCAAAUCGUCGACGAACGUGUGAUGCCAUACUACUGGGUAUCAGUGCAAGUGAAAAGCCAUCUGUUGCGUUUGAAGGCAGACUACUUGCGUUACUUAUUUGAAAUCCAUCCCAAAAAUGGAACCUAUCAAGUGCGUGCCCACAACGCAUAUACAGAAGCGAAAUCCUUUUUUGUUUCUCAUCGAUUGACCAGAACAUCAGAAUGGUACCGCCUGAGGUUAAAUUACUCGGCGCUACUAUACCUAGAUGGAUUCCCAACUGCAGCGAUGUUUCUUUGCCAACGAUUGUUAAAAUCGGCCAAACUAAAGCUGUUUGACUCAGCAUUCGAAAAGCGGAUACGUAAAAAUGUUGACUUUUUUAAGCGGGCCACUCUGGGCUAGCUUUCCUGUUCUCACGAAAUUCUGAGCAUGAAACUUAAGUUAAUUUUCACCGGAAUUAUUUCUUAUCGACUUUUUGUAUCUCUACUUUAAUCUAAAUCAUCCAGGGGUUUGAUCUACUGUGUCUGUACUCCAUAUUGUCAGUUUUGAAAGCAACGUUCGGGUACAAGCCCACAAGGGAUCUUAGUAGUGAUGGGAUGAUAAAAGUAUCUCACUCCAAGAAGAAUGGUCUAAUAUCGACUUGCACCUCCAGUGUAUGUGGUAAGUCAGAUAUAGAAAUAUUGC